AUGCCUUUGCCACCGGCGGCGGUGACGACAUCGACUGUUCCUGCACCACCUCUACCCCUUCCAUUCACCACGGAACCAACCUUGGCAACGCCGUGGAGCCCCGCGCUGCCGUUAUCGGAGCCGGAAGUGAAUUUGCCGGUGGCUGUGGAUUUUCGGAAGGCUUCAACGUUCCACGUGUCUAAUGGGCUCAUUGUUGGGCUUGUAGUUGGAGCAAUCGUUUUCGUGUUUGUUUUCAGUGUUGGAUUAGUUCUAUGCAGGAAUAGGAAGAAAAACAAACAGAAGAAUCUAUGCACGGGUCGCUCUAAGGAAUCACCACCCUCUUUUAAAUCCAAGGGAUCUCAAGUUAUUCGAGUGCCACCACAUCUUACAGAAGACAGUGGAACUUCUGGUUCUUUUAAUUCAGUCUCUGUGAAAGCAAUUCCAAACCAUGCUCCAAGGGCAACCUUUGGUCCCGUGAAUGGUGGUUUCACGUAUGAUGAAAUAUUGGUGGCCACUAACUGUUUCUCUGAGUCCAACCUUCUUGGAGAAGGUGGCUUUGGCUAUGUGUACAAAGGAGUUCUCCCAUGUGGAAAACAAAUUGCGGUUAAGCAGUUAAAAUCAGGAAGCCAACAAGGAGAGAGAGAAUUUCAAGCUGAGGUUGAGACAAUUAGCCGAGUGCAUCAUAAACAUCUUGUUGAAUUGGUUGGAUACUGCGUUACUGGGGCAGAGAGAAUGCUUGUUUAUGAAUUUGUUCCAAAUAACACAUUGGAAUUUCACUUGCAUGGGGAGGGGGGGAUCUUCUUAGGAUGGACAACGAGAAUUAAAAUUGCCCUCGGAUCUGCAAAAGGGCUGGCAUAUCUUCAUGAAGAUUGUAAUCCAGCAAUUAUUCACCGUGAUAUCAAAGCAUCUAAUAUUCUUCUUGAUUUUAAGUUUGAACCCAAGGUUUCUGACUUUGGCUUGGCAAAAAUCUUACCAGACACCGAUGGUUGCAUUAGUCACCUCACUACCCGAGUGAUGGGAACCUUUGGAUAUCUGGCUCCAGAGUACGCAUCAAGUGGUAAAUUGACAGAUAAAUCAGAUGUAUAUUCCUACGGCGUCAUGCUUUUAGAACUUAUAACCGGUCGUCCACCAAUCACUGCAGCAGGAUUAAGGAAUGAGAGCUUGGUUGACUGGGCUAGGCCAUUGCUUGCUCAAGCACUACAAGAUGAUGACUUCGACAACCUUGUUGAUCCAAGGUUGCAGAAAAAUUUCGAUUCUGAUGAGAUGGUUAGACUCGUUACGUGUGCAGCUGCUUGUGUGCGCCAUUCAUCCAGACUUCGACCUCGUAUGAGCCAAAUUGUUGGAGCCUUAGAGGGAGUGGUUUCUCUAACCGACCUUGUUGGAGAUGUUACACCGGGGCAUACCACAAUAUACAAUUGGUCAAAUUAUUUAGGUUAUGAUGCCAACCAAUACCAGCAGAACAUGAGAAGUUUUAACUUGGCAUUAUCAUCUCAGAAAUACAGCUCCAAUGGGUACAGUGAAACCACCAGUGCUUAUGGUCUUCACUCAUCAGGUUCAAGUAGUGAGACUCACCAAUCAUUCCGAGACAUAUUAUAG